CUUCCUCAGAUUGGAGAUAGACUGGCCUUUUUUUUUAUCUUUCUACAUAGCCUUUUAUUUUUCAAACUAUGGACACAUAACUUCGUAAUUGUCUCAGCUAUAGCCAGUGCCCUGAACUGUUGUGAUAAAGGUUAGGCUACUUUGGCAUAGGCAUUUGAACCGCACAGGUGACAGCUGUGUCGCGGACACCUGCCACGUUCCGACGGAAGAGAGCGCAUAUGUUAUGCUGUCUGCCACCUAUAUUGUAGACCAGAGAAUUAGAUUAAAUGCCUCCGUAAAUGUCAAGUUAUUCGGAAAUUAUUUUUUUCCGCACGCAUUUUAUAGUCUUACAGAUUUGUUGGCCUCAAGGGUUGUAAAGAUUAUGCUAGCCCACAUCGGGAAGGCGGUAUUGUGACAUCCGAGGAAACACUCCGGCUCAAAAUGAAAGUUUUAGAAAGUUUAUGCCUGAUCAUCAGCUUCACGACGCUUCUAUCUUUGAUUCACUGUGAGCUCCUGUCCUCCAUUACACCCGAUCAAGCAGAGGAUGUGGACGGCAUCUACUUUGUGCAGUUGGACUCAGUACCUGAGGUGGUGACAGGAGGCAAUACUACGGCACGUGUCCGCUACCAGUGCCCUAGAGCAUGCAAAGUCAGCCUAGAGGUCGUGCUCACCUCCCCGCACAAGAUUGAGCAGCUGGUCUUCAGAAGGACAUGGACCAGUGUCAAAAACCUGGGCUACCCCAGGGUCCGAAUGGUGCCGCUGAAGUUCCCCGCUGCCAUCAUAUAUAAGCAGGAUUUUUCCCGCAGGCAAACCAUAGACGGCCAUGAGGUGAUGAUAAGGGCUUGGCUGGCCCACACUGACACACAUGCCAUGGAGACCCGCCCUGGGGAUGGAGACUAUCACGGCUCCCUGGCACACACUUCUAAGCUUCUCCGCACGGUUCCGCCGGCCGAACGUCCAGCUUCACCACACACAGCGAGCGCAUCGUGGGGGGCUGAAUUAAUGCGGCUGCUGACUAGAGGCAGAAUUCACCAGUGUCCCUAUGAGUCAGAUAUUGUAGAUCUGAUGCAAUUCCCCAUGGCGAGCACUGGAGAAAAUUACGGGGUCAUCCGCACCUUCCAGCCCUUUGUUAACAAGGAGCUUGAGACGGCUCGGUAUCAAAACAUGGAGCAUCCAAGAAUGGCCAUCUCAAUGUGGAUCUACCUGUUGAGCUGGUGUAGAGGUAUGCGCUGUGGGAUCGUUAAGCACGUUAAUGAGCGGAGUGACUAUGGCACACCCCUUAUCCUGCUGACAAACACAGGAGAUAUAGUGAUUCAGGUGCGGCUAGCUUCAGGAGUCGAGCGAGCCUUCACAUCUUACACUGCCCUGCCUAUCCAGACAUGGAUUCGUUUGGACUGCUAUGUUCAAUAUUCCCAGGUGAAACUUCAAGUAAAUUAUGAAACAGCCUCUGAAGGAAAGGUUGAUGCGGUGCAUGCUUUUAACUUUCACGGGGACAUUCUGUGCAAUGACACGUCGGGAUACUUAGUCAUUGGAGGAAGCAAAUUCAUGGGAGCCUUCCAUGGCUACGUUGGGCCAGUCCGGUAUUAUCGCCUCGGCACAGAAAAGGUAAAUAACCCACUGUCACCCUCAAAGACACUGGAAGCCUUAGACAGGACCCACUGGGAGUGUGAGGAGAUGGAACUGGUGAUAGCGGAGUUCAUUGACGAGCUAAGACUUCACAGAGACGUCUCCUUGCAAGAUCACUGUCACUCAUACUAUGAAGUUCAAAAGAGAAGGUAUGGACAGGUGACUUGCGCUCAGGUGCUUAACUGGGACUUGCAGAAGAAAUACCAGCCUCUAUUCAAGCUGAUAGAGACUCAAGAGGACCUCACAUCAGGGGGGUGGAGCAGCUCGGCAGCUAGACGCCUCAGCAGCUGGUUCUUUGAAGAUGCAGUGAGAAGAAUAGCCAAAAGGGAACCUGUAGCUGGACCGGGGCCUACGCUCUCACCCGUGGCUCUGCUCAAGGUGUCCUCUUGCCUCGGACAGCACCAGGCCUCGCUGCUGCUGGCCGCAGUUCAUCUGGCUGGCUUUGGGGUCCCCAAGGACCUUCCGCAGGGUCAUUUGUACAGCUUGAGGGGAGCCGCAGCAGACAGUCGCCUGGCUCUCCUGCACCUGGGCUACAAGCACAUGUACGGCCUCGACGGCAUCUCCAGGGACCACGACAUGGCAUACCAUUACUAUGCAAACAUUGGAAGGCAGACCAGUAUUGACAAAGACAGUAUUCAAGAAUCCCAGCAAUACAUAACAGACCCCAUCCACAUCAGUGUCGAGGAGGAGCUGAACACGCAGAUGGGCGAGACAGAUGAUGUUGUUCAGUACAUCAAACUUCAAGCUGAGAGGGGAGACAUUGAGGCUCAGAAACACCUGGCCAAGAUUCUCUUCUGGGGAUUGAAUGGUGUGUCUAAGGACGUGGCGACUGCUGUGAAGUGGUAUGCCCAAAGCGCUUUGCAGAUGACUGAUGCCAGAGCCAUGUUCGACUACUCCAUCUUACUAGUCAAGGGCCAAGGUGUGAAGAAGAAUGCAACCUUAGGACUUCAACUUAUGGAGAAAGCUGCUGCCAUGGGCUGCGUAGAGGCGUUGAAUGGGCUGGGAUGGUACUACAGCACCAUCGUGAAAGAACCCAAGAGAGCUCUGAUGUACUUCCAGCAGGCGGCCCAAAAUGGAAGCAGCGAUGCCAUGUUCAAUAUCGGAGUCUUUCAUCUGCAGGGGCACCCCGUGAGGAACGAGACCGCUGCCUUUGAGUGCUUCCUGAAUUCCUCGCACUACGGUCACGUGGACGGUGCUAUAGAGGCGGCCCAGAGCCUCAGCGUCGGGAAUCUUCCCGGAGUCACGCGGGACGUGGAAAAAGCUGCGAUCCUGCUGAAGAGGAUCAGCGAGCAGAACGGACACCUGGGAUACGCCAACAGGGAAGCCCUCCAAGCCUAUCUCCAGGGCGCCCGGGACGAGGCGCUGGUGAGGUACACCAUGCUGGCGGAGACGGGCCUGGGAGUGGCGCAGAGCAACGCUGCCCAUCUGUGUGAGGAGCUGAACCACAGCAGUGUGUGUCAUUAUCGAUAUUACAACCACUCCAUCUAUAACCAUGCCCCACACUACUCCGGCCUGUUAAAGAUGGGUGACCUAUACUUUCAAAACUUACUGACGGGUGGUAUGUCCAUGGCCAUGGAGAUGUACAGCAGAGCUGCAUUAGCUGGCAGUCCUCAGGGGAUAUACAAUUUGGCAGUUUUGAUAGAGGAAGGACAAGAUAUCCCCCAGAGCAUUCUAAACAACAUGGGGGCUGCCGCUGAGAAGAGGAACGAUAACAGAGCCAUUGUGCAGCGUCUACUGCAAAGAUGCGUGGAGAUUGCAGAGGAGUGGGAAGGAGACACUUUAAACCCGUGCGCUCUGGCCUUAUUACGAGUCAACAUCCAAACAGCCUGGAGGGACUUCACCCAGGACACACUGCAGUUAGCACUGGCGUACGGAAUGCUCGGAGGAUUUCUCAUUGUUCUGGCUUAUGUUAUUGGGCAGAUUACAUUAGGGCGUGGCGGCGAGGCCGUAUCCACCCGGCAACGUGACGGCGCAUUAGCCGGGUCAGGAGAUUCAGCACCUGUCCGUCCGGCUGACAGGCAGCCCAGGGACGAAAUGGAUGGCGCCUCUCGAAGAGAAAUGGGAUCCCUCCGAGUCAAUCCAUCAGACGGGUCGGCGCAGCCAGGUGUGUCUCCGCCGCACCGGAAUCGGAAUCGGCGGGAGCGGGAGCGGGAGCUGAGGGAGGGCAUCGACGCGGUCGUCACGGUGGCAGGGGUGUGUCUGUGCGCCCUGACCACUAUGAUUGUCUCUCACAUGUUGUGACGGGACAGAAUGAGAUGCUGCGGGACGAGUCCAGCAUUUUACUUGAUCCACGUACUGUAUCCUUCCCCGAGUUUAUUUAUGUCGUGAACAUGCACAGGACUGAUGGCCAACUGAAUGUCAUUACUGGUUCAAAAGUGUAGUCCAUGAAGCGUGUGUAUAAUGCAAGAAAUGGAACUCAAUGGAGAAGAAACCUUUACACAGGCUUGUGUUGGGCACUGGUACAGUGCUAUAGAGGAGCACAACAAUAUUGCUAUGAUUUUCUGCUCUUGGUUGGGAAAACAGGUCUCUGUGCUUCUGUUGCACCAGACAUACUUUCUUUGAAAUACUUUUUCUUUUUUUUUUCCAUUCCAUCUGGGUAAAUCUUUUUCAAAAUGUAUUAUCAUUAAUAAACCACAAGAUGGCAGAAACGGCAUUUACACGUCAACAAAGGCUGACACUGACAACUCUAUCUUGCAUCUCACUUUCCUGUGGAAGCAUUGCUCAGAGGCUCUCCCAAAACACACACACACACACACACACACACACAAGCACACACAAUUUAUUUAUGAACACGUUUGAUGAUUUUUGAUAGUCGCAAUCACCAAUUCAGCAGUCAAGCAUUUCCCCCCACUCCUGAUGCUAGUAAAGAUGUGCUUCAGUUGUGAGUAUUUUUGUUGGUUUGUGUUGACAUUACCUCAGAAUACAGCUGCUGAGUGAGAGGCCCAGCGUUACAUUUGAGAGAUGGAACAGCACUGUGUUUGCAGUACAGCUGUGGCCUGCUUUAAAUGCUUGGGGCCAGGCACCUGGUGUUUUAGCAAUGUUUCAUGGCUGGAGAAAAAAAAAAAUGCUUGCUUUCAUUAUUUUUGUUGUCUCAAAAGUGACAUCUACUGGUGAACAUAUGCACCUGCGUGUGUUAUUAACUGAAUCCAUCUGCCACUGUCAAUCAGCCUGGAGAAAGUGGCCUGGCUCGUUUUUAACACAUCAAUGCAGAUGUGGGCCAGUGUUCCUCAGACUGAUGUUACUGCUGCCCCUGAGAGGAUGGGUAAUUGGCCGGAGUGGAAUGAUCAGUGAAGGAAAAGUAGCUAAUUCAGCAGAGGGAUAGCACUGGUGCGGCAGUAAUUUUCUCACUUUUUACCGUACACACAUAUUUGAAGGAAUUUGAUAAAAGACUUGACUGGGCUGCAGUUUGUGAGUUCUUGGCAGGAGAGAGGAAAGUUACAGAAAUUCACAUUUCAAGCAGCAGUGAUUUGAAAGAGGCUCAACACAGGCAGCGUGAAGCAUGGAGAGACACAUGGUGAGCGGCCAGCUGAUUUUAGAAUCCACCCGCACUGAUUUUAGUAUUCACCAUUCUGUUUUCACAAACAGGAGCUUUUGGAAGCCUGCAUGAGUUCUGACAAAGGAAGAUACCCUUAUCUAGAAACAGGACAAGGUCUACUGGUAUUGCAACAAGCUUCUGGUGAGCUGUCCUCUGCAUUGUACGAGAUGUAAUAGAAACAAUAGGAUCCGGUGUGCUUAUAAGAGAACUCACAGGCUGUCACACAGGAGAAGGGAAUGCACAGGCAAUUUCAUGGCCUCAUUCAAACGGAUACAACAACACCAGGAAUAUACUGCACAUUCUUACGCUUACAGAAAGAUCUCACUAUACCCAGCUCAAAUUGUGUGGGAGAUGCUUUUGAAAAGAAACAGUUGCUGUGUAAACGAUGAAGAUUGGCAUUUGGCCCAAGGCACAACAAAUGACUCACAUCUUGUGUCUGAGGCGAUUUCACAGAACGAGCUUGACUGUAAUUUCAACCUUUGUCGAUGUGACAAAAACAUUGAUAGCUGUAAUUUACUAAAGUCUGGCCCGAUGGGUCAAAACAGCUGUGAUUGCUGUUUACCUCAUGGACUCGACACCACACAGAGCAAUUCCACCUGCCCAAGAUUCGGAGUAAAUGUCCCCUAAAUUGACCAGACCUUGGCUUCUUGUUGUGAUUCCUUUGCCCACAUAUUAACCCUUAUCCUGAGCUGUGAAGACGGCGACUAAACCAAAGCAAUUUUAUGACGUAUUUAUAAUAAGAGGCAACAGAAGUGUUCUGAAAUGUCACUGGGCAAGGCAGCACACUUAGCAGGAAAUUAUAUAACUGUAUAGCAAAGUGAAUGUGGUUUGGUCUGACACUGCUAGAGUCAAUGGACACUAGCCAACAAUGACCCCUACUGUGAAGAGCAAAUCAGAUAACAAAUCAGAGUCAGCAAUAUAGGCAUGAUUUUAGUGAUGGAUGGUGAUGGUCAAGAAGAUUGCUACCGUUUCAAGGAGUCACUAUGUUCCAAUAGGUAAACCAUUAGGAAUGGUGAUCUCUAUCAGCCACAUGUGAGUGAUAAAGCCUAAUUGAGCUGGACUUGGCCAGCUGGACUGCCGCUAAUCACCUUGUGGGUGUACAGUAUUUGUGUGUGUGUGUGUUUGUGUGUGUGCAAUGCAUCCAAAGUCUUCUCCCAUCUGACCUGGCGGAAGUUGCCGCCCUGAUAUUCACAGGAAAGUAUAAUUUCAGCAUGGGUGGAGAACAUCAUCGGAGGAACUGUCUGAGUCCUUAUCAUCCAUGGCAAACAAUUUAGCAAUGUCUCAGAACAGCUUGUUAGGAAGAGUGUGUCAAACGCGUAACAUGACAGGGGAUAUUGGUAAAGUUUGGACUUAGUCACCUUUUUGCACCACUUUCCAGGAAAGCCACAAUAGAACAAAGUCUGUACUUUUUGCUGGUUGUAAAGUGUACGGCCCAAUUUAUCGCUACAAUCUGUUUUUUUUUUUUCUAUUUGUAAGACUAGGCAUACUCUUGUCAUUCAGUCUAUGAAAUGCAGGAGCGUAAACCACAGGUGUCGAGUUAGUUUCAGAAUUUGGAUAAAGUGCCAUGUUUGAUCAGAGCCAAUGUUUGUGUAAAGCAAGGGUUAAUGUUUGGCUCAGGGUAUGGAUAACACAGCAAGUCUUAUUUGUGGAAUAAUUUACAAUGGCCAAUAAUCAUUGCUUUAUAUUUACAUUAUAAAACAAUGUUUGAUAAAUUAACUUUAUUUUAAAGUCCUUUUUGAAUUCUCAAAUCGCUGAACAAAACAUGGGAACGCUAUGAAUACAAUGAAUGAUAUUGAGGUUUGGAAAAGAGUGUUUUUACAUGUACAGUACGUGUAAUCUAACAGUUUAAAAAUGAAAUGUUGCUGUUUAAUCCCUGUCUGCUUCACAAAGUCUCACUCAAACUUCGAUUGUGGUCUUGUUCACAGUUCUUGAGAAGUUUCCUGUCAGUCUCAAUUUCCCGUAACCCUUAUGUUACCCUCAAAUCUUACCGACAUUCGUCAUCCUUGGGGUCAAUUUGACCCCAGCUAAAUACACUCUCAGAAAAUGAUUAUAAUUUAUAUUUUUACCCAGUUUUUUGUGGCAGGGACUUACAGUAACAAGAGUGUGAUAGCCACCAUCAAAAGCCCUACAAAACAAUCCCACUCCCUCACACCCCUUUAUGAACCCUGGAACCCUGGGUGGCAAUAUUGCCCAUCCAGUGUCAGCAGCCCAAAGGCUUGCUGUUGCUUCACUUUUUUUUUUACUUUUCAUUCCUGCCAAAAUAACUGAUACGCAAUAUGUACGUGUAUACAUGUAUGUAAAAAUGAUGAUGUGUUCUCAUACUAUUGCAAUAGUAGAUCCAUAAUGUGUCAACUAUUCAUUUACCUUACUGUAUGUUUCAUACAGCUGGGGUCAAAUUGACCCCAAGGAACACCAAUAACAAAUAUUUGUAAAAUACAUUUUCAUACUGUUGUACCCUUCAAAUGAGGAAAAGUCAUGAAAGGUGAAGCAAAACAGUGAACUUGACCCCAAGGAUAACAUGAGGGAUAAGCUUAAAUAAACAGUUAGAUAUAAGAUAA